GGUCACACACACACACACACACACACACACACACACACACACACACACACACACACACACACACAAGCAUACAUUGGACUGCGGGCAUAUAUAGUAUCUCCUAAUAACUGUUGCUUAUCCAAAGUUUUGAAAUGUUGCAAAAAUAAACCAAAUGUUAUGUUCACGGUUAAAAAUCAGAACUAUUUAUGUCAGGUAAAUCAGUUCAUAUGAUGGUGGGCUAAUUUGACUUGGGUUUAGAGGCUUACUGUAAAGUCCAGCCAGAUAUAGAUACCUAACCUAACUUCUCAUCCAAUGAAGUGAACCGACCCAUAUGUGACUUUACAGUCGUAAGCUGUUGAGGGCAGUUCAUUAAGCACACUUGCAAGGAUUAAUGUAACUGGCGCCAAGACUGAGUUGUUGGUUGCCAUGACAGCAAAAAAAUAAUUUAUUUUAGGCUUGUUGUUUUGCUAAAGUAUUUCAUAUUUUUAGUGAACUUUCAUAUUUGUUUUUCCUUAACUCCUCUGAAUAUGUUAUUCGGAAUGUUUGUUAAAAAUCACUUCCGGGUCAAGUGCUGUGUAUAGCGAGGAAUGAGAGAAAGAUCGAGAAGACAACGGGAGACGGAGAGAGAGAGAGUCAGAGAACUACGAUACCGUGUGAUCUACGUGAUUUAUCGUUAUUUGAUCUACUUUCGGUUUACCAAGGUGCACACGUUUUCACGGUGUUCCAUGAAUAAACGUUUUGGACAUCAGUACGAGGCGUCAUCCUUGACCGGGGUAGAUACAGUGAAAACGUGUCCUCAUCCAUCCUUCUGGAGGCUUCGGCGCGCAGGUGCUUCCCCCACGGCAAGCUAAGCUAUCGGCUUCGGCGCACAUCACGUAGCAAGCUACGAGCUACAUCGAGCGUCGUCGCACUCCACCCGCGUGCCACGCAGCUAUCCACGAGCUACUUCGAUCGUCGUCGCACUCAACCCGCAGCAAGCUACAGGCCUCAGCAUGCAUCGUCGCUCCUCAACCGGCAGUAAGGCAAGAUUUUAACGCGCGACGGUGCUUCUCAUCCUGUAGCAGCUAAAGGUUUCGGUGGACAUUAACCAGAGUUGGUAAAGGCCUAUACAGCUUCCAGUAGCUCACAAAGUAGAUGGAUAGAACAUAGGCGAAGAUUAUCAUAAAUGAGAACUAAUGAAUGUGAGUUCUUGAAUGUGUGAAAAUAUCUGUUGAAUGUUUGACAAGCGCAUCAUUGUUAUUAUUGCUCUGUAAAACUCAGGUUCUGAAGUUUGAAAGCUCCAAAAAUGUCUCAAUAUAGUGACAGUCGGUGUGAUGAGAUGCAAGAGCAUGAAAAUGUGGAAAGGGAGGCUGAGGCAAAAAUAAGAAAAUCCUCUCGUUUAAGACAUUUGACACCUAAAAUGCAGGAACUAAAGGAGAAAGAGUUCAUUCAAAAGGAAGGCAAGUUGAAUGUAACUUAUGAGAAAUGGAAAAGUCAUGUUAGAGAAACCCGAAGAAAGUUAAAACAAUGGUGCCCUGAGCAAGACAUGUACGACAUGAUGGAUGAAGUUGAGAAGCUAGAGGGUGAGAUGAAAGAAAUAUACGACAGUGUCCGAAGCCGGACAACACCAAGUCAAGAAUUACGGCGAAAAGUUGAUUCAUGUGUAGCGGCAACAGCAGACUUACUGCAAGUAAUGAGAAUCCGUCUAACAGAAUAUGAAGAAGAUUUUGAUGCUGUGGCAGAAAACGCAAAAUUACACAUGCUGCUAGAUAACGAAUAUGCCAGGUCCAUAUAUGGUUCCACCGCCUCCAUUGUUACAGCACCCAGUGCCAAGCCUUCCGGACACCCGUCCGAAUCACCAAGCAUUUCAGUUAAGCGGGCCGAAAUGGCUGCUCUUCUGGCUGCGAAGGAAGCUGAGAUUAACAUGGAAGAGGCUAUUGAAGCUCAACGUCAGCAGUUGAAAAAACUUGAAAAUCAGAGAGACAUGGAAGUAAUUAAGGCACAGUUAGGUGUAUAUGAAGAAGAGGAAAUUAAGGAAAGGAAUGGUACGAGCAGCCCCGUACACACCAAAGAGAAUGUUGCCUUUCCUUCUUCUCACCAUGCCCCACGUCACGAACAGCAAACUACAAAAUGAGACAACCUUGGUUCAGAUAUUACAGGAAUCAUUAGCACUCAGUCGCCUUCCAAACCCAGAGCCUACAGUAUUCUCAGGUGAUCCUCUGAACUUUAUACAGUGGAGUACAAGCUUCAAAGCUCUGAUAGAGAGGCGAUGCUCAAACCCUGCAGAUAGGUUGUUUUAUUUACAAAAGUACAUAGCAGGGGAGGCAAAAUCUUCUCUUGAAGGCAGUUUUUAUAGAAGAGAUGAAGAAGCCUAUCAGCAAGCAUGGGAUCGACUCAACACCAGAUAUGGUAAUUCCUUCAUUGUGCAGAGGGCUUUCAGAGAAAAACUCAACGGAUGGCCAAAGAUUGGUGGGAAGGAAUAUUUCAAAUUGAGAGAAUUCAGCGAUUUCCUACAAACUUGUAGCAACGCUAUGCCUUACAUAAAGGGUCUGCAAGUUUUGAACGACUGUGAGGAGAACCAGAAAAUGCUGGUGAAACUACCCGAUUGGGUGACAUCCAGGUGGAACCGUCAUGUCACAGAGCAGCUAGAUGAAGGUAAAGACUAUCCAAGUUUCCAUAACUUUGCAACAUUUAUAUCUAAAGAGGCACGCAUCGCUUGUAAUCCGGUGUCGUCUCUAUACGCAUUAAGACAAUCUACUGAGAUGACAGUAAAGGGAGGUAGGCAAUCAAAAGCAAACACAUUUGCUACAAAGGUGAGGAUCCAAGAUCCGCAAACCUCUACAGCCGAUCAAGACCCCAAUGAAAACGAUUUACGAGAUGCCGAAAAUCCAGGCAUAUGUUUAUGCUGUGGAGAAGAACACUCUAUACAUAAAUGUAAGAAGCUUAUGAAAAUGUCUUCAGAGGAAAAGAGAAAAUACAUCUAUGAAAAUAAGCUAUGUUUUGCAUGCCUGAGAAAGGGUCACAAUUCUAAGGCAUGUAGAAAUAGAGCCAUGUGUGGAGUAUGCCUAAAGAGUCAUCCAACCGCAUUACAUGAAGAUCGUUCUCCAACGGAGACAGCCUCAGCACAGAACACCACUGAAGAAAUCACAUCCUCACUAUCUUGUUGUGUCAAGGGAAGUGAUGUUGUGAGUACAUCAAUGAUUGUGCCCGUCUGGAUCUCAGCACCUAACGCACCUGAGACAGAGACCCUAGCUUAUGCGCUGUUGGACACACAAAGUAGCCACACGUUUGUUGAUCAAGAGUUGUGCGCAAAGCUUAAGGUAGACAUGGACCCAGUUAAACUGAAACUCUCCACGAUGAUGGGAAAGGACUCAGUGAUAAAAAGCGAAAGAGUUUGUGGACUUAAAGUAAGAGGAUUUUCCUCAAAUAUUUCAAUUGACCUACCUCCGGCCUACACAAGAGACUUCAUUCCUCUUGACCGGACACAUAUUCCUACCCGCAAAACAGCCACUUCAUGGAAACAUCUUGUUAACAUAACUCAAGAGAUACCCCCACCAACGGAUUGUGGCGUUGGAUUAUUGAUUGGCUAUGACUGCUCCCGAGCCUUGAUUCCAAGAGAGGUCAUUACUGGAGGUGACUACGAGCCUUACGCUGUCAAAACCGAUCUUGGCUGGAGUAUUGUGGGAGGAGUAGCACAAUGCGUAAAUGCAGGCGAUGUGACUGGACUUUGUCUUCGAGUAUCUGUCAAAGAGUUACCACCUGUAACACCAUCAGCCAUCAUUAAAGCCCUUGAGUCUGAUUUUGCAGACACAAAAGCAGGUGAAAAAAGCAUAUCUCAAGAUGACAUUCUCUUUCUGCAAAUCUUAAAAGGAGGCUUCCAACUAAAUGAACACGGUCACCUCGAAAUGCCACUUCCUUUCAAAGCACGACCUCACCUCCCAAACAAUAAGGUCCUGGCUUUGGCACGACUGAAACAACUGAAAAGGAAGUUGGACAGAGAUCACAAGUUCAAAGGUGACUAUCUGAAGUUUAUGGAGGGCAUCAUUAAAGAUGGUGAUGCAGAGAAAGUACACAACCCUGCAGACCAUGCCUCCAGAGGCCUGAACGUGACGGGUCUCAUCAACUCAAAUUGGCUCACCGGUCCAAGGUUUUUAUGGGAGAGGGAUAUAGCCAUAAACGAGGUGACACCUGAGCUACUGGUGGGAGAUCCGGAGGUGAGGAUUGUACAAGUGUUAAAGACAGAAGCUGUAAGGCAAUUUGACAUUCAAGAGCUUCUGUCACGGAUUUCAAAAUGGGCAACAGCAUUUAACGUCAUUGCUCGCAUCCAACGGCUAGCCAAGAGAAUCAAAACCACAAAACCUGUAAACGUAGAAGAAAAAAGGCAAGCUACACUGACCCUUGUUAAACUGACACAAAAGGAUGUCUUCCAAAAGGAGAUGAGCAUGCUUAGCGAGAAAUCAGGAAAACUGCCUUGUAACCAUCAACUUUAUCAGCUUGACCCGUGCCUCAAGACGGCAUAUUGAGAGUAGGAGGAAGACUAAGAAAAGCAGCUGUGUCGCUUGAAUUAAAACACCCAGUAAUACUCCCUAAAGACGGUGCUCUCACAAACCUCAUUAUUAGUCAACAUCGCAACAAAAUACAACAUCAAGGCAGAGGACAAACUCUCAAUGAGUUACGGAGUAAUGGAUUUUGGAUUGUUGGUGGGAGUAAAGCUGUAGCUCAACACAUCAGACGGUGUGUACAAUGUAGAAUUCGCGCACCACCAGAGGAACAGCGGAUGGCAGACUUACCCAGUGACCGGGUUGAUGCAACACCACCAUUCGCUUACUGUGGUAUGGACUGCUUCGGCCCCUUCCACACCAAACGGGGAAGGAAGGAGCAAAAACGGUAUGGCCUGCUCUUCACGUGUCUGUGCUCCAGGGCAGUGCAUAUUGAAAUUCUUGAAGAUAUGACAACCGAUGCCUUCAUCAAUGCCUUGAGAUGCUUUGUAGCUAUCCGUGGAGCCGUUAGACAUAUAAGAUCUGAUCAAAACACUAAUUUUGUGGGAGCAAGAAAUGAGGUGGCAAAGGCGCUAAAAGAAUUAAAUCAAGAAAGAUUAGCCUCCUACCUUACAGACAAACAAUGUGAUUUUCAGAUGAACACGCCACGCUCUAGUCACACUGGCGGGGUAUGGGAACGUCAAAUCAGGACAGUGAGAAGUGUACUGAGCACUGUCUUGGCCCAAAGCGCUGGAAGGUUAAAUGACUCUUCCCUAAGGACUUUCUUUUAUGAAGCUAUGUCCAUUGUAAACAAUCGGCCCUUAACUGUUGACAACAUCAGUGAUCCCACAAGUUUGGAACCUCUCACGCCAAAUCAUUUGAUUACAAUGAAGUCUUCUUUACCACUUCCCCCACCUGGCAAGUUUAUCCAGGAAGAUCUCUACGUCAAAAAACGGUGGAGAAGGAUUCAAUAUCUUUCCGAACAAUUCUGGCACAGGUGGAGGAAGGAAUACCUUGCAAACCUUACCCUGAGGCAACGAUGGCUUACACCAAGGCGCAACAUGGUAGUUGGUGAUGUUGUGAUCAUCAAAGAGGAUGAUGUCCCUCGCAACGAAUGGAAACUUGCUAAGGUUAUUGAAGCAAAUCAAGAUGAUGACGGACUGGUGUGAAAAGUAACCGUACAGAUAGGAGAACGAAAGUUAGGGAGAAAGGGAGAGCGCCUCAAUAAGCCUUCCGUCGUUCAAAGAGCCGUACAGAAGUUAGUGGUUCUAGUUGAAGGCAACUAGGGAGAAAGCAUCAGAUGCUGUAAGUUAAGGUGUCAAAUAUUCAAUCUAGAAUAGGUCAAUUUUUGGAAUAUGUAAAUUCCAUUGUUUGUUUGAAUGACAUUAAAUUUGUCUCGUUUAAGGACACAUCAGAACAAGGGUGAAAUUACUGUUGAUUAUUUUCAAGGGUGUAAAGUAUUUUUUCAUUUACAAAUGUUACUCCAACAGUAAUUUGGUGGGAGUGUAACUGGCGCCAAGACUGAGUUGUUGGUUGCCAUGACAGCAAAAAAAUAAUUUAUUUUAGGCUUGUUGUUUUGCUAAAGUAUUUCAUAUUUUUAGUGAACUUUCAUAUUUGUUUUUCCUUAACUCCUCUGAAUAUGUUAUUCGGAAUGUUUGUUAAAAAUCACUUCCGGGUCAAGUGCUGUGUAUAGCGAGGAAUGAGAGAAAGAUCGAGAAGACAACGGGAGACGGAGAGAGAGAGAGUCAGAGAACUACGAUACCGUGUGAUCUACGUGAUUUAUCGUUAUUUGAUCUACUUUCGGUUUACCAUGGUGCACACGGUAUGUCAUUUUGUGUUAUUUAUUUAAUGUCCUGUUCAAGAUAUUAUAAUUUUGAUUGUUGUUCGAAAUAUGUUUUAGUUUUCACGGUGUUCCAUGAAU